AGCAAGGAAAUACAAGAAGUCAAAUUUUACUACUCCAUUUAAUAAUAUUAACGGACGACAUAUACGACAAGAAUAUUAAUAACCGGAAAAUAAUAUAUCUUAAAGCCAUGUAUUUUUAAUUUAAAAAUUAGUAUUUUUUAUACGUAAUUCUUAAUUAUUUUUUUUGAAAGUGUGUAUUAUAUUUAGUGAUUUAGCUAUUUUCACAAGAUGGAACAGCGACGAAAAUUAUCAACCUCUGGAGAUUCACUAUAUCAAAUACUAUCAUUACCGAAAACAGCAACACCGGACGAUAUUAAGAAAACUUAUCGCAAAUUAGCUUUAAAAUAUCAUCCAGAUAAAAAUCCAAACAAUCCUGAUGCUGCUGAAAAAUUCAAAGAAGUAAAUAGAGCUCACACGAUUUUGAGUGAUUUAACUAAAAGAAAUAUUUAUGACAAUUAUGGUUCGUUGGGUUUAUAUAUUGCCGAACAAUUUGGUGAAGAGAGCGUUAAUGCUUAUUUCGUAGUUACCUCCACUUGGUGUAAAGCUCUAUUUCUAUUUUGUGCUGUAGUUACCGGUUGUUAUUGUUGCUGUUGUCUAUGCUGUUGUUGCAACUUCUGUUGUGGAAAAUGUAAACCACGUGCACCAGAGGAAACUGGAGAUUACCAUACAUUGAAUAGAGACGCUCCAGAAGGUGGUGCAGGAUCUAGCAGUUCAACAGGACCAAUAUCCAGUCAACCAACAACACGAAAUAAGGAUGAUUUAUCAGAUGUUGAUGAACUUGGUGGCCCAGUUACAUCUCAGCCAGGACCAACUGGUGGUAUAAAUCCAGCUCCAUAUGAAGGUAGCAAUACCACUGGAAUAUCAAUUCCACUGCCAAUGCCAGCACCCAAUGAGAAUACUUUGCUAAAUGCGCAAGGUCAACCCACUUACACUCCAGGUACUACCAACACCGCCGCAGACUAUGGAGGAGGAAUGGUUCAGUCAAGUGCUUCACCUAAACAUGCGAUUCCACAACAAUGGUAAAACAUAAAAAACAAGUAAAAAAAUGUAUUGUCUUAAACACAAUCAUUCGAAUAAAUAUUUAGCUUAUAUUAUAAAUAAACAUUACUACCAUUUUA